CAGACCCCACCUCAAAAAUUAAUUAAUUAAAAUAAUUACAAAUGUUCAUAGACUUGUACCAAGAAUUUCUCUUCUGGGAAUUUAUCCACAAUGACACAUUUAAGGAUAUGAACAAUUUUUAAUGAGAAGGAUGUGUCUCACAAUGAUGUAAAAUGUUGGAAACAGCAUAAAUGGUGGCCAAUAUGGGAAUGUUUGAAAAUGUAAGCUUCUUCUAUAAACGGAGUAUUUUGUAAUUUAAAGUGGCCUUGUAGAAAUUUGUUUACUGACAUAGAAAGUGUGCUUUUUGGAACCCAAAGCAGGUUACAACGCAGUAUCUAUGGAGAAACUAUUCCAUUUCAUAAAAUAAAAAAGUUUAAAAACUAUGAAAUAUGUAUGAAUGGCCUAUCAACGUCUAAGUAAAAAUUUCCAGCACUUGCCCAUUGGGCAUGUGAGGAUUUAGGUGUAGUUUCCUUACAUUUGCUUUUCUGUUUUGAGUACUGAACAUGACACCUUUUGUAAUAAAUAAUGACUAAAAAUGAGUGGCCAAAUAUUAAACUUCAAGUCUGUACAUUACAGCAUAUUUAUAUUAAUAGGAGCUAGAGACCACGCUAAAUAAAUUAAUAUAUGUUCAUCAGCGGAUUACUAUGCAGCCCAUACAAAUAUUUAAGGACGGUGUCACCCUUAAGCAAUCCCAAACUGUGCCUUGGGGGAAAAGGCAGGGAGAAGCAUCUGACUGGAAAGUUCUAAAUCCCCCUCUGGUGUGUGGGACCUGAGGGAAGCAGCAGUGCUGAACAUCCAGAGCCAAGACGGUGUGGGCCCCAUCCCUCUUCUCGCCUUCAGGCCUCUGUGCAACCCUAAAACCCACCAGACCCCACAUGGGGUCAUCUAGAUGCCUGGAGGAGUUCCAGGGUGGUCCCCUCAGGCAUCGUGCCUGGGUUCAUUGUCCUGACCGGGUGCAAGGAGGGACACCUGGCUAGGAGAUAUAACCUGCCGGCCAGUGUGGCAUUUCUUUCAAAUGACCACUUAAGCCUCAGCCACGAUUUGGGGUGACUCAAAUCCUUCAUGUAGAACACACACACUCAAAUCGUUCACAUAGAACACACACACAUGUCUUAGGGGUGGACACACAUAAACAGGUGUCUUAGAGGCCCCGUGUGAGGAGAGGAGAUUCACACUAUUGACCCAGUGGCCAGGCUUGACCCCAGAGGGCUGGAGCACACACUGCCGGUUGACGACAGGCGCCUGGCUGUGGGUUGCACGGUUCCGGAUUGGACGGCUCCCGGGAAGAGAGGCGUCAUCUGACGUCCAGCUCGCCAAUCAGAGUCGAGGACUUGCCAAGCUCCGCCCACCUUCUUGCUCUACCACCUCGCGCUCUCCUCAGGCAGCAGUAGCAGCUGCGCUCCUCGCUCUCUGAGGCAGAACCUGGGGUUACGGCCACCCAGUCAGACAUGGAGAAGGAACAGAAGCACCAGCAGGACAAGGUGCAGGGAGGGCUUAACAACAAAGCCGCCCUUGCCUCCGGGGAUGCCUGCGGGACCGAGAAUCAAGAUCCUGCUGCUUCCGUCCCCACAGUCUCCAGCCAAGCAUCUCCCUCGGGCGGCGCCGCUCUGAGCAGCAGCACAGCCGGUUCUUCCGCUGCAGCCGCCACCUCCGCCGCCAUUUUCAUCACCGAUGAGGCCUCGGGGCUGCCAAUCAUAGCUGCUGUGCGGAGCGAAAGGCAUUCUGACCUCCGGGACUGUCUCAGUCCUCACGAAGUCUUUGGGUGUGUGAUGCCUGAGGCGGGCAGCCAGGCCGCUGUGGGACCCCAGAAGGCCACUGGCCACGCCGACGAGCACCUGGCCCAGACCAAGAACCCCCGGAACAGCCGUCGUAGGAAGCAGCCCCGCCGCAACCAGGCUGCUCCGGCUCAGAAGCCCCCAGGGCGGCGUCUGUUUCCUGGGCCUUUGCCGCCAUCUUCUCCAGGGUUCCGGCCCAGCAGCCAUCCCCGUUCCGGGGCUUCUACGUCGAGUCAGGCAACCCACCCAGGCCCUGCACUCCUAAGCCACGCAUCUGAGGCAAGGCCUGCUAGCCAAAGCCGCAUCACCCUGGCAGCUUCUGCUCUCCGCAGACGUGCAUCUGGUCCAGGCCCUGUCAUCCGACGCUGCACCACCCAGCCAGGCCCUGCUUUUCCACGCCGCGCCACUCAUCUAGACGCUGCUCGCCUAAGCCCUGAAUCUGCGCCAGGCCCUGCUCGCCGAGGCCGUGCAUCUGCGCCAGGCUCUGCCCGUCGAGACCGUGCAUCUGCGCCAGGCCCUGCCCGCCGAGGCCGCGAUUCUGCGCCAGGCCCUGCCCGCCGAGGCCACACAUCUGCGCCAGGCCCUGCCCUUCGCGGCCGCACAGCAAGGUCAGAUCCCGCUCAUCGCAGCACCAGCACGACGCCAGGCACUGGUCUCCCGAGCCGUUCCACCCAGCGAAGUUCAGCCCUUCUCAGCCGCCGCUCUCUGUCUGGGCCAGCUGAUGAGAAUCCUUCCUGUGGGGCUGGCUUACGAAGGCUUGCCUUUCAGAGCAGAUCAGGCUCUCCUGAUCCUGAGGUCCCAAGCCGUGCUUCCCCGCCUGUUUGGCAUGCAGUCCGUAUGCGUGCCUCCUCACCCUCACCCCCUGGGAGGUUCUUCCUUCCCAUCCCUCAGCAGUGGGAUGACAGCUCCUCCUCCUAUGCUUCCAACUCCUCCUCCUGCUCCCCGAGUAGGUCUCCUGGCCUAAGCCCCUCUUCCCCUUCCCCUGAGUUUCUGGGCCUGAGAUCUAUCUCCACUCCUAGCCCUGAUAGCCUUAGGCGUGCCUUGAUGCCUGAGUUUUAUGCUCUGAGCCCUGUCCCUCCAGAAGAGCAGGCAGAAAUAGAGAGCACAGCUCACCCUGCAACACCGCCUGAGCCGUGACCCUCUAUGAGCAUCCUGUAAGACCCACAGAAGGAGUCAACAUCUACCCACUUUGUGAAUGGGCUGCUUGCCCUGUAGUUACCUGCGAGGUCUCCCAAAGUUCCAGCCAUUAACCAACAUUCUGAGUAGUUUUGAAGCCUCUCCUCCCCAUGAUUCCACCACCUAGCACUUACCUGCUUUUGGCCCUUGAUUCUGGGCCACCCUCUUCCUCAAAAGUUUGCCUUAGCCCUUGAGCUGAGAUUUCUGUUUUCCAAGUUGCUUUUCUGUUAUGAAAUGUUUUAAUUAGUAAAAUAAGUUGUUUUGUUUUUAAAAUGUA